UUUUAUUGAAUGAAAUGUGUAAAUUCUAAUUAUUCCAAAUAUCAAAAAUAUUUUAAUAUUUGUUUACGUGAAUGGUAUUAUCAACAUAAAAACGGAAGUUAUUAUUAUUACGCCAAUAUACCUGGAAUCCUAUUUACACCAUUAAAGAUUAAUAGAAGGUUAAAUAACAGCCAAAUAUUGAGUAACUCUACAGAAUGGCAUUUUGGUCAAUUUCCUUUGACAACAUUGGAUAAUAACUGUGAUAUUAAAAAAGUUUUACACAUCGGUUAUGACACUUCUUUUUUUAAGCUUUUUUUAAACAAUUUACCAGAAGUUUCAGGGACAUAUAACGUCAUUUAUUGUAACACAUAUGACACUCUUUUCAACAUAUACUACAACUACUCUAAAAAAUAUAAAAUUGACAUAAAUUCUAAAUUCGAUAACUUGAGGCUACUAAGCGGGAAUCUUCGUAACCUUCAACACCUAUUCAACACACAAUUUUUCAGAUGUGUAGUUCUUUACAUCAAUUCCAAAAAUUCAAAGGAAAUAUUAAAUAAAGAACUAAUUGACAGUUUACAUAAAAUAUUAGAAUCAUCAGGCUAUGUAAUAAUAGUAACAAAAGAUAUUAAUGCAAACAACCAACUCAACCUAUUCUUCAAUAUUGACUGGAUGAGUGGGAUCUUAGGGGAUAAAUCAAAUGAUAACGAGGAUAUGAGAUUAUACGUUAGUAUUAAAGAGAAAUUGGGAAUUUUGGAUAAAAUUAUAUUUGUUCAUUGCUAUUAUAAAUUAAACAAUAAUAAACCAAAUCAGAACCUGAGCAAAGUGGUAUUCACCAAAUAA